GAUAUCGGAACAUACAGGUGCUCACUAGUGUGGCGACUCAUUGCGUUGCUCAGUCUACUAUUGAGGUCAUUUUGUCAUACUCUUACAAGUCAUCCUUAUAUACUUGUUUGGCAGUAUGGUUUUGUCUCUUGUUUGUCUCCCUGAAGAGCUGAUACAACACGUCCUUCAUUACUGUGAACCAUUCUCCACAGCCGCAUUAGAACAAACAGCUCGCAGAUUUCGUGGAGUCACUAAUGAACCGACACUAUGGCGCUAUUAUUGUUUGACAAAGUUCAUCUAUUGGGCCCCUUGUCACGAACUGUCUAAGAGGUUGACAGCUCCCAUAUCAAGUACAGAUUGGAAACAGCUCUAUGUAACGAAGCAUACAAGCUACCGCGCAACUACACGCCUGCUGAACAAUAUCCUCUGCAGUCAGGUUGGGAGGAUCGAGCAGAUCCAAGCAAUAACUGACCUUGGAUACGAUGCUAAAGAUGCUCUUUCACAUAACAUCUCUGUGGGGUCCGAGGCAGAAGACCAUUUGGCGCGGAGAUAUUACGCCAGGGCGGUCUUGUCCUGUCUCCAUCGAAGCUUUGCCAUCCGGGAAUGGGAAAACCUCAGACGUGGAGAGGUUGUGUCUUUAAGUAGGGCGCUGGGAGCGUUCGAUCUAUUCAUCCCGGAGAGUGGGUUUGGUAGUCUGGAAGAGAUCGUCACCAAAUUGGAUAAUGUCACGUCGCUAUUUAUCGAAAAUCACCCACAAUUUCAACAAUUAACCUGUCGUAAUAAGGCUAGAGCCAUCGCAGGCUUCCUUCGAGCGAACAAUUUCAAUGGUAUUGAACCAGGAAGGAGUUAUCAUCGCCUGGAGCAUAAUUUCUUAGGUGUUUCACUGAACGAUCCUGCACACAACUCACUUCCUCUAGUCUCGGCUGCUAUUUACUGCCAUAUUGCACAGAAAUUAGGCCUGGACGCCAGGCCAUGCGGAUUUCCUUUCCACGUUCACGUAAUUAUCAUGCCUGCGACCGGAUAUGAUGUCGAUGGUCAUGCAGUCGAAGCUGGAAUGCGAGGAGGUCCUAUUUAUAUGGAUCCGUUCAGAUCAGACAAGGAGACACCAGUUACGGAUCUGCAGCAUCAGUUGAACUUUCUGGGAGCCUCCGCUGCGGAGCAAUCGACGUUCCUUGGGAAGUCUGAGGUGUCUGAGAUCGUGCUUCGUUCCAGCAAGAACAUAUUAAACUCUAUUCAGCGCGGUAGUGAUUUUAACGACGUACAUUCUGCAUCAGUUGAUUUGGCCAGUGCAAAAUAUGCCGCUGUUUGGUCAUCUAUGUUACUUUCAGAUCCGGCUCGCUCUAUCGAGUUGAGGCAUAACCUUCCAUGGUUAAUGGAGCUUCUAGCCAUGGAAUUUCCAUCAGAUGUAAAUCUGGUUGAGCACUUCAUUACUCCUAUUUUCAACGGUAUGGCUGAGCAUGACAACAUAUUGGAAAGCCUUCAUGUUAUGCGGGCGGUGGACGGGAUUCCGAGGGAGGUCAAAAAGCGCUCCCAAGAUGGCAGCGUCAGGUAUCGAAUUGGCCAGGUUUUCAGGCAUCGCCGAUACGCAUACCGCGCCAUUAUCACUGGGUGGGAUGUGGAGUGUGGUGCGGGUGAGCAGUGGAUGAGACGUAUGGGAGUGGACAAUCUUCGAAAUGGUCGACACCAGAGUUUCUAUCAUGUACUUGUUGAGGAUAGAAGUGUUCGGUAUGUGGCAGAAGAAAGCAUUGAGCCUCUUGUCACAGAGAUAGCAGAUUUGCCACAAAGUUUGGUCGCAAUUGCAGGCAAACACUUCAAAAGAUGGGAUAAUGAUAGAGGGGUUUUUGUGAGUAAUAUUACCGAUGAAUAUCCAGAUGAUUGAUAAGUAUGGUAUCUUGGUGUUGGCCAAUAUGUACUAUAUUAUUCUAUUACAUGACUACAUUU